CUCAUCCGCCUUCGUUCAUUCCCACCGACAAGUUCUCGACGUCACAUUACGCAUUAAAGAUUCUCUAUACGACCUACGAGAAUCAUUCACAGUAUCCUCUUUUAUCCACUCUUCCUGUCUCACCUUCCUUGCUUCCUCACCAGUAAAACUCUGACCCUCCAAGCGAACCUUCUUCUUCCUCAUAUUCGAACCCCACCACCCCCGUCCUCCAUCCCCCAAACACCAGAAUCCUCAUUAAUUCCCCUUGGCAAAGCACGAAGAACGGAAUCCCUCUUUUCCUCCGCUGCAGUGGGCCACGGAGAUCUUACAGAGCCGCCUAAGCAGAAGACGGCAAUCGUCCAAACGAAACCCUAGCAGAGCGUCGGAGAAGUUUUCCUCCAGCUCUAACUUUGUACUUUAAUAGGAUAUUGCGAUAAUGGAGAUAUGCAUCGUUCUGUUGCUGAGAUUGGCUUGGAUUGCCGGGACAGUUCCCAUAAUCAUUGCUUCUAUUCCCACGUCUAAGCUGAAUUGGUUUCGUGGAGCCUUGUUAGGGUUCGCUAAGAGGGGGAAGAUCAUGCAGUCAUCCUCACAAAAAUUCACUGUUCCUCAAAGAUUAUUCUUGCACUUCUAUAUUGUGGCUUCGGUGUGGACAACAUUCUUGCUUGUUUCAACUUCGAUGUACGCAUAUACCAUGGCACUAUCAAUUGCAGAUCCCUAUGCUGUCUCAACCAUUACCAGCUACCUGACUGGAACUUCAAGUAUAAAGUCUGAUUCAAGUAAAAUAGAAUCCAUAUAUGUAGCCUGGCUAUCUGUUUUUCUGCUUUUGCUAAUGGAGGUCCAAGUUCUAAGACGCCUUCAUGAAACGAUAUGUGUAUUCAAUUAUAGGCCUGCAGCUCGCAUGCAUAUCGUGGGUUAUUUCACUGGUUUGUUUUUCUACAUAGCAGCCCCACUAUCACUUUGUUGUGAUUGUGCAUUAGAGGUGCGUGACUUCACAGCAAAGUUAGUAAUUGCAUUCAUUGUCAAAGACAAAGUUCACAUGCCAGAAACUGAAUUAGAUUACUCGCUAAUUUUAAAUCAUCUCUUCAAACUUGGAUGGCUGCCAUGGUUUGGUGCGACUAUAUUUUUAUGGGGCUGGAUUCAUCAAUACCGGUGCCACACAAUUCUUGGCUUGUUACGAAAACGUUCAAAACAAAUAGAAGAAUAUGUAAUCCCUCAUGGUGAUUGGUUUGAACUUGUUUCGUCGGCACACUAUCUUUCUGAAAUUGUUAUAUACGCUGGUCUUCUUGUUGCAAGUGGAGGAGUCAACCUUACGAUAUGGCUGCUUUUUGUUUUUGUGGUGGCAAACUUAGCAUUUGCAGCUGUCGAAACGCAUAAAUGGUAUCUUAAAAAAUUUGAAGAUUAUCCGAGCAAUCGUUUCGUCAUAAUUCCAUUCGUUCUCUAGGAGUUGGUAAAUAUUUGUUUCUCUAGAUCCUAUCAAAAUAUAAAGCUGUGUCUAUAAAUAGAGGUCAUAUAUAAUGUAUUCAGCACCCUUGGAUAGAAUAAGAAAUACUCUUUUGUUAUUAAUCUUUUCCUCUCUAUUAUUCUUCUUUAUUCAUAACAUGUUAUCAGCACGAAGGCUCUAGAAAAAGUAUAAUAUUUUGAUCUUCUCAUUAUUAUACACCAUGUUCCAUGAUUUAUUUUCUAUCCUCUAUACUAUUCUACAUGAGCAUCUCCCCAAAUGGCUUGAAGCCAUAGUUUAAUUUGUUCACCGUGAGCAUAUGGUAGGGAAGGUCAGCUUGCAUGACAUAAGCAUAAAUCAUGUUGAGAAGUUUGCACUCCAAAAAGGCUUCAUUGCCUUAAAUGGUGAGGCGAAAUAAUGAGGGUGGAUUUGUUAGAUCUAUGAGCACCGAGCACUCCAAUGAUCUGUCCAUCUCGGGCCUCACCGGAGAUGUUAUUGAAUAGAAUCUAUUUUUUAUUUUAUGGUCAAAAGUCAUAA